AUGUUUUAUAAGUCCAUCAUAUGUACCAUAGAACCUACAAAUGUGAAGGCAAUCCUGGCUACUAAAUUUGAGGAUUUCAGCCUAGGCUGCAGACACGAGCAGUUUUCUCCCUUUCUCGGAAGCGGAAUCUUUACGUUGGAUGGUGAACCAUGGGCGCAUGCAAGAGGCUUAUUGAGGCCUCAGUUCACAAGAGAGCAGGUUGCAGAUAUCGACAUCCUUGACCACCAUGUCACCCGGAUCAUCGAAUCGGUGCCAAAAGGCCGCUCCAGUUUCGAUAUCCAGCCACUCUGCUUCUCAUUUGCCCUCAACUCUGCAACACACUUUCUCUUCGGCGAAUCGGUUGACUCUCUAGACCCACGUCUUUUUCAGGCUUCGGCGGCAGCGAGCGUCCAAGGAUUUGAAGAGGCAUUUGAUCUCGCCCAGGAUUACCUUUUCGCACGAUCCAGGGCUGUAGGCCUCUACUGGUUGAUAAAUCCUAAGGCUUUCAGAGAUGCAACGCGAACAGUACAUGAAGUCGUAAAUUACUACGUGCGACGUGCAAUAGAUAUGAGGCAGAAUGGUGGCCAAAGAGACAAAGCCAAAGGGCGGUAUAUAUUUCUCGAGGCAUUGGCGGCUGAGACACAAGACCCAAAGAUCCUACGAGACAAUCUGCUAAACAUCCUUCUAGCCGGAAGAGAUACUACUUCUAGUCUGCUGAGCUCCACAUUCUACUAUCUGGCUAGAAAUCCCAGGGUCUGGCAUAAACUCAGAGAUCAAAUAGUCGCAUAUUUUGGGACUAAUUCAAAACCACUGGCCGAGCUCACGCAAACGUCACUCAAAGCAAUUCCAUACCUGCGCUAUGUACUGACUGAGGUUCUCCGUCUCCUGCCUCCCAUUCCUAUUAAUUUCCGGAUUGCCACAAAGGACACCUGCCUUCCAGUAGGUGGUGGACCAGAUGGAAAAUCUCCAGUAUACGUUGCUAAGGGAGCGAUGAUAUUCUACAGCGUAUAUUCUAUGCAUCGGAGGACGGAUAUCUGGGGGCAGGAUGCACACUCAUUCCGACCAGAGCGAUGGGAGAAUGCGAAACACCAGUGGGAAUAUCUUCCUUUCAACGGGGGACCGCGCAUUUGCCUAGGUCAGCAAUACGCAUUGACUGUGGCUAGCUACACACUAGUUAGGUUCAUGCAGCAUUUCGACGUCUUAGAAAAUCCGAACCCUGAUUCAACUGACAACCCAGUCUUACGCGCAAACCUCACAUUGUCACACGAUCAAGGUGUAAUGGUGAGGCUCUACUCUUCCUCUAGGGCUUAA